AUGGGCAAACUCAUCCGUCUGGAGCUUUACAACUUCAAAUCUUACAAAGGCCACCAUGUCCUGCUGUUCGGAGAUGCCUAUUUCACCUCGAUCAUUGGGCCCAAUGGCUCCGGAAAAUCAAAUGCAAUGGAUGCCAUCUCGUUCGUUCUGGGUAUUAAAUCAUCGCACCUCCGAUCAACCCACCUUCGGGAAUUAGUGUAUCGUGGCCGUGUUUUGCGCCAUUCAACUGUCAACGGUGACGGCGUACCUGCAGAGGAAGGGUCCAAUGGUCAUACCAAUAGAAAUACUGGGAAUGGCGAUGACGGAUCAGGAGAAGCAGUUUCAGAGCGCAAUGAUCCGAAAUCUGCGUGGGUAAUGGCAGUCUACGAGGACGAUGCGGGAGACGAGCAGCAAUGGAAGCGUACAAUCACGAGCCAGGGCGCCAGCGAAUACCGAAUCAACAAUCGCGUUGUUACCGCGGUACAAUUUAAUGACGCGCUGGAGGCCGAGAACAUCUUGAUCAAAGCCAGGAAUUUCCUUGUCUUCCAGGGUGAUGUCGAAGCAAUCGCUUCCCAGUCUCCAAAGGAUUUGACAAGAUUGAUUGAACAAAUCUCAGGCAGUCUUGAGUACAAAUCCGACUACGAAAGGCUCAAGGCGGAGCUUGAAGAUGCUGGCGAUCAACAGACCUUCCAGCUCAACCGACGACGAGGCAUGAAUUCUGAAAUCAAACAGUAUCAAGAUCAGAAACGUGAAGCCGAAAAUUACACAAAGAAAGCAAACGAACGCGAUCAGGCGAUUGUCACGCAUGUUCUGUGGAAGCUCUAUCAUUUCCAGCGCCAAAUCGAAGAAUCCAGUGCUGAGAUUCAAAAACACCAAAAUGAACUCCAGGAAUUCCGCCGUGGUAUUGCAAAGUAUGAACGCAGUUUUGACGCCGCAAAAAGCGAACAUAUUAAGAUCACGAAAAAUGUCAUUAAAGUUGAGCGAACGAUCAAAAGCAAAGAGAAGGAAAUUGAGGAGAAAGCAAACUCUCUGGUACCGGUGGACGAGAAGAUUGAAAUAUCUACGAAGAAGCUUUCAAAGUAUACAAGCCGAAUCACUGACAUUACUAAAGAAAGAGAUAGCCAGACUGCGACUGUCAAGUCACUAGAAAAAGACCUGAAGACUGUCGUAAAGGCUCAGGCUCAAUGGGAGAAAGAAUGGAAAGCGGCAUCAAGUAAGACAGGAGGCCAUUUGAGUGACGCAGACCUGCAGCAGUAUAGCAAGCUCAAGGAGGAGGUCAACAAGAGGUCUUCCACUGACCAGAUUCGGGUUGAAAACCUCAAGCGUCAGCGAGCAGCAGAGGAAGGGACUGUUACCAACCUGAAGAGCACCGUCGACAAUGUAGAAUGGCAACUAAGAUCGCUGGAGACAGAAACGAAUAAGAUCGAGGAUCGCAAAACCGCAACUCAGGAAGUAGUUCACCAACUUGAGCAGGACAUAGAGGACAAGAAGAAAGCCCUCAACGCCAUGACCUCAGAGCGUCUUCGGAUCACACAGAUGAGGACCGAACUCGAGGAGAAACUGCAAGAUGUGCUGAAGAAACUGAUUGACGCAGACGACGGUCGAAAGCAGAACGAGAAGGAAGUAAGGAUGAAAGAAACCAUAUCAACGCUGAAACGAAUUUUCCCUGGAGUCAAAGGCCGCGUCAGCGAACUCUGCAAGCCAAAGCAGAAAAAAUAUUCUGAAGCUGUGAGCACGGUUCUCGGCCGACACUUUGAUGCAGUUGUCGUCGAUGUUGAAAAAACGGCAAAAGAUUGCAUUCAGCAUUUGCGCGAGACUAGAUCAGGCCAAGCCACAUUCAUUCCACUCGAUACCAUCCAGGUCAAGGCUCUCAAUUCAAAUCUGAAAGGCAUGCACCGCAACAUGAGGCCAGCGAUUGAAACAGUGGACUAUGACCAGUCUGUCUCGCGUGCCAUAUCAUACGCUUGCGGUAACUCGAUUGUCUGCGAUGAUCUCAACACUGCUAAGUACCUGUGCUACGAGCGUGGUGUUGACGCGAAGGCAGUCACCCUUGAUGGAACUGUCAUUCACAAGGGUGGUCUUAUGACCGGUGGACGUGGACCUGGACACCAACAAUCACGACGAUGGGAAGAUGCUGAGGUAGAAAACUUGACUAAACUGAAGGACAAGCUUAUGAAAGAUCUAGCAGCCUUACCAAGUCCACAUCGUCGUGGUAACGAUGAGGAGUUGCUGACAGCCGAGUUGUCGGCCCUAGAAUCACGCCACAGAUUUGCGACGGAAGAGUUCCAAGGUCUUGACCGCAAUCUUCAGAGCAAGAAGAAAGAAGUCGAUAAUGCGAAGCGUCAGUUGAAGGAAGCACAGCCUAAGUAUCGUGAAAAGCAAAGAGCCCUUAAUGACCUUGACGAGAACAUAUCGGAGUAUCAGGAAGCCGUUAGCAGGGUGGAAGAUGAAGUUUUUGCAGACUUCUGUCGACAACUUGGCUUUGAAGAUAUCAGAGAGUAUGAGGCUCAACAGGGUUCCUUGCAACAGGAAGCAGCACAGAAGAAACUCGAAUUCACAACCCAGAAGAGCCGUAUUGAGAAUCAGCUGAGCUUUGAACGACAGAGACUCCAAGCUACCGAGGCACGCAUACAAACAUUGCAAAGCCAGGAGGAGCGAGAUCGAGCUAUGAUCGCAGAACUGAACCAAGAGCGCCAGCAGACUCAGGACGCUUUGGAUGUUCUCAACGCUGAAUUGGAUCAGCUGGGAGAUCAACUCGACGAGCAGAAGGAUCUUCAAACAGAAGCCGCAGAAAAGCUGGCAGAUCAACGACAACAAGUCCAGAAGCGAAGCAAAACCAUUGAAGCGACGAUCAAAGUAAUCAGUGUCCACGAAGCAGACAUACAGCGGCAUUCCUCGGACAGAUAUACCCUCCUUCGAAAAUGCAAGCUCGAAAACGUCAACAUCCCCAUAGUCCCGGGAUCGGUGACGCUGAGCGACCUGCCAAUCGACGAUCUUAUUUCCGGACCCGACCCCAACGCAAUGGACAUCGACGAACACGAAGAAGACCCCAGCUCCGCCGCCCUCCAAGCACCUCGGAUCCAAAGCCACGGCAUCGAACCCGACUUUUCCACCCUGGAAGACGACCUACGAGAGCAAUCCAGCCCAGCCAUUGACUCGGAACUCCAAGACCGCAUCCGCACUCUGGACAGCGAGCUCGACAAAAUGGCGCCCAACAUGCGCGCCGUCGAGCGCCUCGAGACCGUCGAAGCCAAACUUCGGUCCACUGAAAAAGACUUCGACGCCGCGCGCCAGCGCUACCGCUCCACCAAAACCGCCUUCGAAGAUGUGAUGCACCAGCGCUCCGACCUCUUCAACAAAGCCUUCUCGCACAUCUCCGAACAAAUUGGCCCGAUUUACAAGGACCUCACCAAAUCGACCAACUACCCCUUGGGAGGACAGGCCUACCUCGACAUCGGCGACACCGACGAACCUUACCUCGACGGCAUCAAAUACCACGCCAUGCCCCCGCUCAAACGCUUUCGCGACAUGGAGCAUCUAUCUGGUGGGGAGAAGACCAUGGCCGCCCUGGCCCUGCUAUUCGCGGUGCACAGUUACCAGCCCUCGCCGUUUUUCGUGCUGGACGAGGUGGACGCCGCGCUCGACAAUGCCAACGUAGGCAAGAUCGCGAAUUACAUCCGCGAGCACGCGCAGCCGGGCAUGCAGUUUAUCGUCAUCAGCCUGAAGACCGGUCUGUUCCAGCAGAGCGAGGCGUUGGUGGGCAUCUAUCGCGAUCAGGGCGGGAACAGCAGCAGGUGUUUGACGCUCGAUCGCCUCUGCGAUACCCAACUCAUAUGCUUGUUUGUUUCUUUGAGCGUCGUGGUUCAGGCCGCAGGAUUGCUGACUCGGGAUUUGCCUACAGCUACGGAAAUACAAUUGAGCUACAUACCUGGUCACCAGUCGACUUCCGGUUUGAUAUGUCGUUUCAUGGCGCAUCGUCCGGCCCGAGGGAGGACGAGGAGGAAACGAGCUGGGAAAGAAAACCAAUUCCUGGAGCGCCGACUUCGCCGAGCUUUGCAGGGAGCUUUCCCCGCGCAACAGCGACAGCGACGAGAUAUUCGGCGCUCUACAAUCAGCGUCCGUCCAUGCGACAGAGUCAGCAAACAACACCCCUUCAGAGGAGAAACACAAGACGAAGACGUGUUGUGGCACAGACUCAGCGAAAGGCGGGCUGAGUUUGCCGCACCGAGCGCCUCACUCCUGAGCGGCACAGAGGACAGACAGAUGGCAUAUCCCCCACCGUUCUCGUCAGAGCCUUUCUAUCUGGAUAACAUGAUGCGCAUCCGCAAGAUGGAACAGCUGUUCAGUUGGGCGUCGCCGUGA